CUGUAUGUUUACAAACAUGGCAAGGAAUGACAGAAAGAUUUCGCAUACAUCGAACGACAGCUGCUGGGUGUGCGCUUUGUUGCCCUAAACGCGGCUACCCAAGUUGUCUGUUCCCCCUGUUUUCGUAAAUGUUUUGGUAAAUACAUUCGUUAACGAAAUAUCCUCGAAAAGAUUUACGAGAUUCCAAAUUAUUUCGAGGAUAAUUUGUUUUUGUUUUGAUUCUGUUUGUUUACAUUUUAAAUGAACCCUCUGCUCAUAAAAUGAACCGGAACCAUGUUCAUCGAAUGUAAACAAACAAAAGUUCACUAUCCUCGAAAACUUUAUGCUUCGUUAAAAUUUUCGAGGAUAGCCAUGCAAAAUGUAAACAAAUUUUCGAGGAUAAGUUUUUUUGAAUGUAUUGGGGGCGUCGUCAUGUGUAGCACAAAAAAGGUAGGGGAGAUUUUUUAGGGAAUUUUCUGUUAUGGUAAUAACGUUGUCGCUCUUCUCUCUUGUUACUCUGCUUUGCUUCAGAUCAUUUCGUGGGACUCUACGCUUUGCGUGAGUGGGGGUAUGUGUAUCGUGUAUCGUACAUUCUAUUAUUCAGCACUGCGAGAGUGAAGUUGUCGGCGUCGGUAGCAGCAUUCGAGGAAUUAUAUUUUUCAAAGCUCUGAAACUGUUUCAACAUUCAACAUGUCCAACGAGUCAAUCAAGGAUUUCGUAUAUUACGAGGAAUGGCUCGAAACUGAUUCGGAUACAUCAACAAUGAGUGCGAAUUCCAGGACCGACACCGACAUAGAAAAGGAGGGGGAGACUGGAUGGCAAGUCGGGUUUCCCAGCGUCGCGCCCCAGUGUGUGUUCAGAGAAAUAUCCAACAUCGAUGGUCAACCGUCUUCAUCUUCCGUACAUUUGACUAGCAACUCGCGAAAACGGAAAGCAGUACAGUUGUGCAGUGUAGCUACGAAUACGGAGACGGUUGACCCAUACGACCAAGAAAAUGUGGUCCGCACACUCACUGGGCUAACUCGGUCUCAUGCCCGUUUGGCGACACAAGUGGGCGAAUUGAUUAAUGCCAUGAAACCAAGGCCCGACGUUCGACCCAGCAUGGAGUUUGAUUUUGCUCCGAUAGAUUCGGUAGAAGAGCUGCAAAAUUUAGAUACACUUCUUCAAGACGACUCGGAGUAUAGAGCAAAACUUGUCCAUUGGCUUGAAACACAGAUCACUCGUGUGGACGUGGAUAACCGUCUUCACGAAUUAAUUGAUCUAUUGUUCACCAAAACCUUUUUUGCCACCAUGAAUUGGACUGGCAUAAGCAAAAAAGCGGGACAAACAAAAAUAGCAUUAGGUAAAUUUAAGUUAGUGGUAAGAUUAUUUGUAGAAUUAGGAGGUAACAAUGCUUUAGUUUUAAAUAGUAAUUAUGUAGAAAAUUAAAAAAAAAAAAAA